AUGAAGUUCUCUGCUAUCCUCGCUGCCGCUGUCCUCGCCUUCGUUGCCUCUGGUGCUCCUCUUGAGCGCAAUGCCCGUCGUGCCACUACUGCUGACCUCGCCCGCGCCGAUGGUCCAGUUGGCAUCGUCGGUGCCCCAAUUCUUGUUGCCCGCAGCAAUCCGCUUGUCGCCUACCUUCACAAGCGUCAAGAUAGCCAGGGCUUGAAGAAGUUGGUCAUCAACUACCUCACCCAGAAGAAGGCUCCCGCGAGAAUCAUCCAGUUCGUGGAGACUGCUCCAGAUCAACUCGUCGGCCGCAUCAUGCAGCUCCCACCCCAGGAUAUGCAGAACGUCGUUGGUGCUCUCGAGGAAGGUAGAAUCCCUUCCAUCCCUGGUAUUCCACCAAAGGAGUUGGUUCUUUCCUUCUUGCAACCUCUUGGAAUUCCAGCGGAUACCAUGUCCAAGAUCACCAACGCUCCAGACACUGUCUUCAACAACAUCACCAAGUUGCCACUCAAGGACCUUGAUGCGGUUAUCAUUUCCCUCCAGGGUGGUGUCAUUCCAAACAUCCCCGGUGUCACUGACGGUAUCGCUGGCGUUGACCCUAACGCUCCUGCCAUCGGGACCGUUCCCGCAGCUGGUACCGUUCCAGUCGCCACUCAGCCGGUUGCCAAUGUCCCUGUCCGCCAAAGCUUCGGUGCCCCAGCUGGCCGAAAGGUCAAGCGCGAGUUCGGCCGACCUGAUGCUUCCUUGAAGGUCCGACAGGUUCAACAGCUUCCCCCUACUGGCCAGGUUCCUACCACUGGUCAGCUCCCAACCGGCCAGAUCCCAGCUGGUCAGGUUCCAACCGGUCAGAUCCCAACCACUGAGGUCCCACCACUCCCAGCUACCGGUGCUGAGCUCAAGACUUUGACCAUUCAAGACAUGACUCAAGGAGGCGCCCCUCCUCAACUCAUCGAGUUUGUCAAGACUGUGCCAGACGCCACCUUCGACGCUCUCCGAGCCCUCGAGCUCACCGUUGGCGGUCAGAACGGCCAGCCACUUAACCAGGCAGUCGUCGCCCAGCUCAACGAGUACUGGGGUCAGUUGUACAACGGCCAGAUGCCAACCAUCUCCACAGCUGGAACUGCUCCAGUUGCCAACACCCCAGUUGCCAACCUUCCAGUUGCCAAUGCUCCCGUUGCCAAUCUCCCAGUCGCCAACCUCCCAGUCGCCAAUGCCCCGGUUGCCAACAUCCCAGUCGGUAACACCCCAGUCGCCACCAUCCCCACCACCAUCUAA